AUUGGAUCACAUCGAACUCGCUGUCCGAAAUACCCCGGGGAACUUCACUUGACAAAAAAGCUGAUACGUAUUUCACAGCCUAACUGCGCAUCCAACCAACUGAGUUCUGUUAAUAUUAAGAUCCCCGAAGAGGAAUACUCGACAGUAUGGAGUGGCACGUUUUAGCGCUCGUCUUGAGCAUGAUCUCUUCAAUCCGGGCAGACUGCUCUACCCAGUGUCUAAUCUGCGCACAACAGACCGCCAACUCGGAAAUGUCCAUCAACAGCCUGACUUGCACUUUAGAGUGUGAAGGGACCCUCGCAUCCACGGCAGAAUUAGAUAAAUGCGAGAAGGCUUUAGAGUUGUACUCCCCCGGUCAGCCGGGGGUCAGCGAUAGAAACGAGCAGCCGCCCAGCACGCCUGAGACUGGAGAUCAACAGGAGACUGCCAUUGGUAACGUGGUCAAGCGUUACGGUGGAUUCAUUAAAAGGAUCGAUAAAAACAAAAAAGUAAAUCCCCUCUCGCGUGAAAAUGCUUACACGAAAAGCAUGUUUGCCAAAAAAUACGGGAAUUCGCUGAGAAAAUUUUGGGAAAGAGAUAUCCCGGAGCUUUUGGUGGAUACACAGCGCGGAGAUGGUUCUUCAGAAAACGAGGUCGCGGUCUACGACGACGACAGGGCCAUCAACGAAAUGAAACGGUAUGGAGGUUUCCUGAGGAAAUUUGGCCCAAAGAGAAGUAACUCCGGGGAGGAAGAUGGCCAAGAAGAGUUACAAAAACGUUACGGAGGUUUCAUGCGGCGGAUUCGACCAAAACUCAAAUGGGACAACCAGAAAAGAUAUGGGGGGUUUUUACGGCGUCAUUUCAAAGUAUCAAUUCGUUCAGAGGAAGAACCCUCCUCUUACGAAAGUUUUGACCGAUAGAUAAUGAUGAGAACCGGUGAUUUCAGACUGAAGGAACUUCCUAUUUCAGACUCACCGGAAUCCUCACUCUACCCGUUAACUCGUAGGCUAUUUGUGCGUUUUGCUUAACAGACCAAGGUCCAAGAAGGGCGUAAUUGUAGAAUAGCUGCUUGUGUCAGUUCUGUCUUAAUGCAUAUUGUGAGACGGACUAAAAGAGACUUUGUAUGAAUAAAUGACAGAUGUUUAAUUUAUGUACGCUGAAUUAUUUAUUAGGCUAUACCACCAAGUAUGCUUGUUUAAUAAAAAAGUAAUAAAUGCGAUUAUUAUCUAUUGUUCAAGUUGCAACGAAA